AUGUUAUUAACCCGCGAAAUGCGAGAUAUUGGUCGGAAAAAAAUUUUCUACAAUAGUAGCAAAAAAUGCGUUGAUGAUGCUCUUAUCAUAACUGAACUGUUGAAAAAUUACGAUAAGCAUCAAUUGCCUGGUGGUACUAGUGUUAAAGUAUCAGUUGAGAUUUGGGUACAGGAAGUUUCGAAAAUAAUUGAAAUAACAAGUGAAUUUCAAUUAGAUAUUUAUGUAACUGAAAAGUGGAUUGAUCCGUCACUUGCUUAUGGACACCUAAAUCCAUGCAAAAAGAAUAUGUCAUUAGACGGUGGUAAAAUUCUUCCACAAAUUUGGAAUCCACAUGCAUGUUUUGUGAAUAGUAAAGAAGCGGCAAUUCACCGCAGUCCUUUUAGUAAUAUCUUUCUACAAAUAUAUAGUGAUGGUACCGUUUGGCACAAUUAUAGAAUAAAACUAACAGGCCCAUGCUCAAAUGCACUACGAACAUUUCCAAUUGAUAAACAUAAAUGUAUGCUAUUUUACGAAUCAUUUAACCACAAUUAUGAACAAGUAUCGAUGGAAUGGACAGAAACUGCGCCUCCAAUAACGAUACUAAAGGAAAAUAUCACUUUACCUGAUUAUGUAUUAAUUGAUUUCUCCGCUACGAGUAUUAGAAGGCUUUAUCCGCCUGGCGUAUGGAACGAACUCAUUGCAACUUUUAUUUUUCAACGGUUGUAUGGAUUUUAUAUUUUGCAAGUCUCAUUUUGCCUCGGGCCAAAUAAUAUUCCUUCACGGACUACUCUUGGAGUUAAUUCUCUCCUCGCUUUAACGUUUCAAUUUGGCUCAGUUGUCAACAAUUUGCCAAAAACAAGUGAUGUCAAAGAAGCAUUCAACUGGUUUGCAGCGAUAGACGUCUGGAUAUUGAUAUCGAUGGCAUUCAUAUUCGCUUCGUUGAUUGAACUCGCUUUCGUUGGCUAUCUAUCGAAAAAUGAUUCAAACAUCUCAAUUGACUGUAAAUGCUCAAUCUUUUGUUUGAAAUGUCCGACGUUAACUGCACGAAAGCUUGAUAAGGUUCGCUUUUUACUAUAUACGAUUAUAUGCGAUGCAUGA